AUGUUUCUUGUUCCAUUGACAAUGAGAAGCAGCUUGAACUUAAUGUCAAGGUUCAGCCCAAAGAAGAGCAGAACUAUUGUGCUAGAUGAUGUACUAUACUUGCUGCUGUGGAAUGAGGAGUACUUGGAGCUGGUCUCCAUUCCUCUAUUGGGUCAAGGCGAAGAGCAAUGCUUUGUAAAAGCAAUCUUUGCGCUCGACGCAUCUAUUAUUGUGGUAGACAACACAAUUCACAUAUAUGCAAUUGCAAGAAAUAGCCUGUACUGCUUUAGAGAUAGGCUUAAUGUUUUCACUGAGAUACCUCAUUGCUUUGAAUCUCCAGAGAUCAGUGCAUGGGACAGAAAUCUAGUGGUAUUCGAUAGAAACAUGUUCUAUUCAUUCACCGGUGACGGGUUUAGAAACCUCCAUAUUUCUCCAUACUUCAAAAGUGUGAGCUAUUACACAUGUGGCAAGCUCUCUGAUGUAGAUGUAAUUGUCUAUCAAACAAGUAAAUAUACAUCGAUAUACGCAAUCGACGGUAAGCCCGUACUGGAGAAGCAUCCUUUUGUGGGGAGUAUAUUCGUUAGAAAUGGAAAACUGUUUGUCCAUGAGAACGGACGGUUUAUUCAUGAGGUUUCAAAUAGAAUGGAGAUACUCACAAGAAUAAAUACAAACAUCAAGAGGAAUGUGGUAUGGAAGGAGAUGCUUUAUUGCUCAGAAAUGCUUUGUAUCAGUGGGAUUGCACCAGGGCCAGGAAGUAAUGUUCUCUAUGUCGAUGGCCAUCUGUUUGAUACAAAAGACUUUGUUCAGUCGUUUCUGGUGUACAGAGGUUGUUUUAUUGGAAUUAGUGAUAGUUUUGUUUACUUCCUUCCAAGCGACAAGGAUUGGACAAUGAAGCUAUUGAGCAGUGAGGAAAGACUACUGAAUAAUGCACUCAACGGAAACUUCACGCCAUACACAUGCAGGAAUUUUGGAUUUAAUAGCAUCACAAGCAUUGAGAGGCAAAGAACGCCAGUAGGGCACUUUCUAGCAUUUCUGGUGUAUUGUGGAUUCAAAGUUGAAUGUUACAAGCUGAUAUGCAAUAAUCUUAACAAGUUACAAGGAAUUGAAGGCUCUAGCUCUAGAAAUCAUGAUGGAGAUGAUGCACAAAAAAUACUCAGAAUGCUGAAGAUUCUGAACGAGAUGGGCAAAUUUGGAUACAAGGCAUAUAAGGUAUUUGUGGGGACGCUUAUUGAUGCUGAAAGGAUAUACACAAAGGCCACAGAAGUAAUAGAUACUGAAGAUAUCAAUGAGGAUAUGCUGAUUAGGAUGCUAGAGAUAUCAUUUAGAAAUGUUGAUUUUCUUGAAAGCCCAAGGUACUUCCUGAUAAAAGGUAAAAAGCAAAUGGAGCAAGGAGUGGACUUUAUGAAUUGUUUUUAUAGAUGCGAUGGUAUGUUUGAUGAAGUAUUGGAUAUUUUAGAGCAAAGAAGACGGGUAGUGGAGAUAGUAUUGAUAUGGAAGAGGACCAGGAAUUGCCGUAAAGAGUCUCUCGAGCUGUUAUUGAAGUAUAAGCUUGCUUAUCUUGUGUCUUGCGAAUAUUCAGAUGAGAUGAUUAGUGGCGCUGAUGUUUUAGAAUGCCUGUGCGAAAUGUGGAGUAGAAGCAAUCGAAAGGUGGAGAAUGCAAGAUCGAUUGUAAGCUUUAUAGACGGCAGGUAUGAUCUUGUACACGGAUGUUUGCUUCCUCAUGGAUUAAGGAUUCUUGUAGGGCCAGUGAUAGUGGAGAUAUUUUUGAAGCAGCACUUGCAUUUUGAGCAGGCUGUUUUAUUUCUAUUGCAUAAUGGAAUGAAAACAGAGGCAUCAAUGCUGUACUAUUGUAAGUUUUGUAAGACAGGGGAAGCUGUAUUUGCCGACGCGUUUCUGAAGAAUAUUGAUGAAAAGGUUUUUACAUAUGAAGGCAAGUUUGUUGGGAAGGAGACAUUUGAUGAAGGAUGCGUGCACAAGCGCGAGAGCUAUAGAAACAAUAUAUUGGAAAAUCUUGAGAUUGCUAAGAAAAUGGACGAUGCAUGCCUAUGGACAGACUGUUUGAAGGCGGAGGAUGAGUAUCCAAAUGAGUACGAAGAAUACAUGAAGCUUCUCAAGCAAAAAGGAAUAAAACAGAGCAAUGGCUAG